GGAUAUUUCCUUUUUCAUUUUUGCUCGCCAGAACUCAUCGUUUGCUUACAUUUUAUUAGCCAUCAAAAGCGUAAUGUGUUCAUUAACAGCCGUUGUUGGUAACACAAUCGUUAUAAUCGCUCUUUGGCGCAGUAAAUCGAUGUACUCCGUUACAAAAGCGCUCUUUUACAGUCUUGCCUUCUCCGAUCUCGCGACAGGACUGACUCAGCCCUUAUUUGUCGCAUAUCUGUUGGGUGUUGCUUGGGACAACGCAUGGCUUUACUGCACCGUAGCUUUACCGUUCAGUCUAACAGCUCUUUUCUUUAGUAUGGUGUCUCUACGGACGCUGAGCACUAUCGCUGUGGAUAGAUAUCUCGCUCUUCAUCUCCUCACGAGAUACAAGACAGUGGUUACUGUCAAACUUAUUGUUGCUGCUUUAGUUUUGGGCUGGCUCAUCAGUGCCUUUUGUACGGUCUCCAUAUUUUUUAAUUUUAAAUUUGCAAAGAUAGUCGUUGAUAUUGUUAUUUUCAUCUGUAUUGUCACUUCCCUGUAUUGUUACAGGAGGAACUUCAUAACUUUACGACAACAAAAACUUCAUGUGCAAGCACUGCGCUCGUUUCAGGUGGAACAUUAUCGCAAAUCUCUAAAAAGCAUGUUUAUAAUAUUCUGUUUAUUUUUGUUAACUUACAUUCCAUUUUUCUGUAUUCUGGUUUUCGUUACAAUCGAAGGUUUUGGUAGUACAUCGCUUUUUAUACUAGAUGUAUCAACAUUGAUCGUUAUGGCAAAUUCCCUCUUAAACCCUGUGGUGUAUUGCAUGCGAGUUCAAGAUCUGAAGGUAGAGGCCAUACGUGUCAUCCAUAGCAUUUUCUUCUGUUUGCAAGUAAUUUGGUGUAAAAAGGAGGUAGGUCCUCUCCCUUGA